ACAAGCUACGCUAUAAUUAGAAGCUUAUCUCCUUACUUUAAUACCUAGUGAAUGCGGUUGAAAGUCGUUGCUAUUUCUAUGGUACUUGAAUAAGUACAUCCAGUUGAUAAAAUUAGUUAUUUUCAACAUUUUAUAGUGUACUUACGUGUACUUAGUGUAAAUCAAAUAAAAUUAUAAAUGAUCGACCUGUUGAAUUAGUGGCCAUAAAAUCAUGAAUAAAACGUUCGCGAAAUUUUUUAGAAAAUUCACCGCAAGGCUUUGUUUUAGUGUGUCGUAUGUUUUUUCAAGCGUAUACUUUCUUAUAGUUUCCUAAUCAGGUGUCACACAUUCCAUCAGUAUCGCAAAAUGGAAUCAUUCAAUGGGACUUGUCUAAAUAGCGCCAGCACUGGGCUAACACAAUUACUUUUUUCUCACUUGCUGUCCACUUUGACACAAUCAUAUUGCGAUUUGAGCACAGUUUAUCCAGACGAUCGAAGCGCCGAAAUCAUCCAAUCUAACGAUGAAUUUGAUUUCAUCGUCGUCGGAGCUGGUUCUGCUGGAUCCGCAGUGGCGAACCGAUUGAGUGAAAUUAGUUCGUGGAAAGUUUUACUAAUAGAAGCUGGGCCCGACCCGCCACUCGAAUCUGAUAUCCCAUCUUUGUUUCUUUCACUUCUGGGUUCGAAAUAUGAUUGGAAAUAUAAGGUAGAAAAAUCAGAAAAAAGCUGUCGAAGUACGAUUGACAAUCAGUGUCUUUGGCCUCGAGGAAAAGUAUUGGGAGGUUGCAGCUCGAUUAAUGCAUUACAAUAUGUACGUGGCAAUGCCAAAGAUUACGACAAUUGGGAAAGUUUGGGAAAUCCUGGCUGGGAUUAUGAAAAUGUUCUGAAAUAUUUCAAGAAGUUGGAAUCUGCCAAGGUGGAGUCGAUGGAAAAGGAAGCCCACGGAUAUGAGGGUUAUAUGAACGUAGAAAAUUUUCAAGAUGGUGACUUAAUCGGUAAUAAAUUCAAUAAAAAGUUACUGGUGAAAUUAUAUCAAGAGUUGGGAUUACCUUUUGUAAGAGAUAUGAAUGCGAAACAGAAAUCAGGAAUUACAAUGGUUCCAGGAACGGUGAAAAAUGGCGUUAGAUGGAAUACGGCCAAAGCUUAUCUAGCUCCGAUUAAAGAUAGAAAGAAUUUAUCAAUAAUGAAAGAAACCGUGGUCACGAAAAUAUUAAUCGAUGACAAUAAGAAGGUUUACGGUGUCGAAAUAUUUAGAAAUAAUAUUUAUAAAAAAAUAAUCGCUAAAAAAGAAGUCGUAUUAACCGCAGGAGCAGUCAACUCGCCUCAGCUUCUCAUGCUUUCAGGAAUUGGCCCGCGAGACCACUUGAAAGAUUUAAAUAUUCCAUUAAUCAAUGAUCUGAAGGUCGGUUAUAAUUUACAAGAUCAUAUUUUCACGAUUAAUUCAUUUAUUAAAAUAGUCUCGAGAGAAUUUAAAGAAAUUUCUCCGCUCGAUUUAUUUUAUUCGUAUUUGACCAAAAAGACUGAAUUGGGAUCAAUGUUCCUUCUAGAUAUGAUGACUUUCGUUGAUACUCAGAAUAAGACUGAUGAUUAUCCGGAUAUUCAAAUACUUCAUCUGAGUCAUCCUGUCAAAAAUGAUGGAUUGAGAGUUUACUUACAAACUGCCAAUUUGCCAACGGAACUUAUUGAAAAAUUUGAAAAAGAGAACGAGAAACAUCAUUUGAUUCAAAUUCUCCCAAUUUUACUUAGGCCAAAAAGUUCAGGCAGAAUAAUGCUUCAGAGUAAUAACCCAUUUGACCAGCCAAAAAUCAUUAGCGGGUAUUUGACCGAAUCUGAUGACAUAACAACUCUCAUUCGAGGCAUAAAAUUAAUUCGUAACCUCUCAAGUACUAAAGCAUUCAGAUCUUGUUGUGAACUAAUCGAAUUUCAACCUCUAAAUGAUUGCAAAAAUUUGAAGCCAUCGACGGAUGAAUAUUUCGAAUGUAUUAUUCGUAAUUUUGCCCAGACUGUGUACCAUCCAGUGGGUACUUGUAAAAUGGGCCCUAAAAACGAUAAAGAUGCGGUGGUUGAUGCCAGACUCAAAGUAUAUGGGGUGAAGGGCUUGAGAGUGGCUGACACUUCAAUAAUGCCAAAAAUAGUUAAUGGAAAUACCAACAUUCCUGCGAUUAUGAUUGGAGAAAAGGCUGCUGAUUUGAUUAAAGAGGAUUGGAUUGAUCAAUCCAAGCAUACCGAAUUGUAGAAAGUAAAUUAAGUAGGUAAAAAUCUAUCUUGGUACCUGUAUUUUCAAUAAUUGUCAGUUGGUUUAAAUUUAAAAUGUUGAUUGUUGAGAUUCAAUAAGUAGGUACGUACGUAUAGGCAUUUACGUAAUACACACUCGUAAUCUCAUCAUUACACCUCUGUCGCUAGAUGCAAAAUGUACGUCAUUAUGAGCGACCUAAUGUCGGGUCAAACACGUACAUAAUGAGCGUAUUAUAUCCCUAGUGUUAUGUGGCAACGCCGCGAAACUCGCCAUUACGUACGUGUUACGUUUGGACAUAAUUUAACAAAUUUAACCGGUGAAGUUUGGUCACUCAUAGACGCAAAUUUUUUGCAUCUAAACAACAGAAGUGUAAAAUGGUGAGGUUACGAGUGUUUAUUAUGUAAAGCACCUUACACUACGCGAUUAAUAAAGUGUGUGAUUAUGAACUCGAGCAAAGUUACAGCGCUCGUCUUCGACUCGCGCAGUAACUUUGCACUCGUUCAUAAUCACCCACUUUAUUAAUCUAGUAAUGUAAUGUACUAUUACUUGAAAAAAAAAAAAAAAAAAAUGAAAAA